AUGAAUAGAUCUAAUGUUUAUCUACUUGAUUUACCAAAUGAAAUAUUAUUUAAUAUUUUAAAAAAGCUUCAAAAUGCCGAUGUUCUUUAUUCAUUACUUGGUAUUAAUAAUGAUCGACUUGAUAGUAUUGCACGAAACGCAAUGUUUUCCAAUAUUCUUAAUUUCAUAUCAAAUGUUCAAAAUACAAUAAUAAAUGAUUUUCAACUUAAUCGAUUUUGUGAUUAUAUCUUACCUGAAAUUUCUCACAAUGUCAAAUAUCUUAUUGUUGAAUCAACGUCUAUAGAACGUAUUCUUCUCGCUACUCAUUAUCCAAAUUUAAUUCAUUUGAAAAUUUUUAAUUUUCAAUGCGACUAUUCAUUACAAUAUUUCACAGAUGAUUCAUCGCUUCGUCAAAUUUUCAAACAACAGAUUAAAAAACUUGAUCUUGUGAAUAAAGAUAGCGAAGUUGGACUAUGA